AUGUCACGGCCUUUCAAUCCGCUGCCUACAUUCCCCAACCCCAUCCAGUGGGAUGUGCCAGGCCGUAUUGCAGAGUUGCAGGCCAUGAUCGACGAUUCUGCCACUCAAGAGCCACAAAAGCUAAACCUCCAGACUGCCAUCAACCUGUAUCAUAAAAAGGAGCUCCCAGGACCAUUUAAAUGGAUCCAGGACGGAAAGGUUGUUAAUCAUCAGGAUAUUGAUUUCUGGAGGCCGUACUGGGUUGAGGGUUAUGGCCAGCAACUAUCCUCCCAAGUUAUAGUUCCAGCUGCCAUUCCAAACUCAUCAUUUGCACCCCCUCAACAACCCAUGUCAAAGAGUGUACGAGUUUUUACUUUGCCUACUCCGUAG